UCAACAGACAGAACGAGUGAAAUAGUCGACAUUGGUAAAAUGCCAACCUCAUGUUCAGAUCUGCAGCGAAUGGGAUAUAAAUUAAGCGGAUUCUAUUCUAUAAAAGGAUCGAAAAAGAAGAUGGAAAUGGUUUACUGCGACUUUUAUCCUAAUCGAAACGACAAACAAAAAACGAUCGGGUACGCCGAUAUUAAAUCAGCGCCCGUCUAUUUCCACGUCCAGAGAAAUACGACAAGCCGCACAAUUAACAGUCCAAUUCCGUUCGAAUUCGCGCGGGUAAACGAGGGAAAUACCAUGAACAUAACAUCAGGGAAAUUCACGGCCCCGCUAACGGGAAUUUACUUCUUCUCAAUCACGGGGAUUUGGUAUAACACAAAUUUACGAUUUUAUUUGAACGGGAAUUCCUUCUGGAGAAGCGCGGGCAUCGGUUCUUCGUCUGUGUCAUUGACCUUCCAGUCCGUUCUGAACUUGAAAAAAGGCGAUCAAAUCUGGGUGCAGAUUGAGGGAAACUAUUUAGCUGAUGACAGCAACCACUACACUCAUUUCACUGGCUUAAUGUUGGAGGAGCAACUCGCCGACUUUGCGAUUUCGUAAUCCUCCAACAUGCGCAAAAACAUCUUCGACUGACA